AUGGCCCAUUAUGCCAAAGUUGCAGCAGAAGGACAUGUAAUGGAUCUAGAAUAUGAUCGUGUUUCUAUUUCAUCUAUCAAUAGUUUCUCCAAGGGCACUAUGCACGGAAUUGAAGAAUUUGACAGUAAGCCUGUAGAGAAACAAAUCCUUAUUCUAGGAGAGACUGGAGUCGGUAAAUCCUACCUCAUCAAUGCUCUGUUUGGUGACACCAUUAAUGUCAAGGCUCAAGUGUCCCGAGAUGUGAAAUCCCAAAGUCAUGAGCCAAUUGUGAAGCAUACAGCUCAGGUGAUGUGCAAAGUGGAGGAGAGUUUCACCUGCACUAAGUUCACUAUCUAUGAUACAAGGGGCUUUGCUGACCCUACACACAAGGACAAAGCACUCUUUAAGAAUUAUACCAAAAUGAUAGAUAUUGACAAGUUAGAUGCUGUCUACAUUUGCCAUCGAAUCAGUGGAAGGUUCAAUGACUCCUCUGUUCGUUUUGCUGAGCUUCUUGCCAAACACUUUUUUAAAGAAAAUGAAGUGAUUUGGAGUAAAUGCAUACUUGUAUUGACACAAGCUAACCUUUUUGAAAUUGAGGAGGAGGACGAUGACGAUGAUGACAACGAUGAUGAUUAUAAGAUGCGUGCUGCUUUAAGGAUGCUGGAGUCAAUGAAGCAAUGGAGCUUAGCAUUUGAUGAGGCUCUUGCUCAAUUGGUUCCUAAAAAGAUUUACUUGCAAAUACCAGUUUGUGUUGCAGGAUCUAAGCGUAAAGUCAAAUUACCUGUGAGAGAUGACUGGACUGAGGAAUUGCUUCAUGCCACUUUACAGAAAUGCUACAACAAAACCAGAGAAAUCAAAGCAAUCGAUCGUAGCAAGAGAGAUUUUGUUGGGCGUAGCAUUAUUGCUGGUGGUGCAAUUGGUGCUGGAGUAGCUGCAACACUUCUUCCUCUUGUGGGCUUACCUUUGGGACUGACCAUUGGGGCACUUAUAGGAUGGAAGUAUGGGGAAAAGAGUGCAGAAGAAGAAGCACAAAAGAAGCUUAAAAAGUUAAUUAAAAAUUGA